AUGGAAGAAACAAAUUCAAGAUUGGCAGUAAAAAGAAGUUUGACAGAUGUUGCUAAACAUACGUGUUACUUUGAGUGGAGAAUCAACGGCAUGAGUUCAUAUUUAGAGAAUUUUCACGACGAUGUUUAUCCUGAUGACGAGGAAGUACUUCAUUCAGCUAUAUUUUCAACUGGUUCUGCUGUCGGCGAUGAAUGGUGUCAUAAAAUGACUGUAAAUGAUGAACGGUUCAUCGAAACUGUAAUAAUUGAGUUAGAUUCUGUUGGUCAAUUUGAUUGUGGAGUGAAAAUAGAAUUCACAUUAUUUAUUUUGGAUAAUGAAUACCAAAAAGCAAAACGUGUCGAAUUUAAAAAAACUUUUAAAAGCAAAGAUUAUUUCGAUUUCGCGAUUGAGACGUCUCGAAGCCAAUUGCUAGAGAACAAAAAUAAACUUAUGCCCAACGACACACUGACUGUUUGCGCUGAGUUGACAUUAUUUGAAACUAAUAAUUCAUGUUUUUAUGACACCAUGCAAAUUGGACCAAAACGCCAACGGAUAACUGAUGACUAUAAAGAUUUGUAUAAGAAAGAGCAAGAUACUGAUGUUGUUAUUAAAGUAAGUGACAAAAUAUUCAAGGCUCACAAGGCAAUUUUGAUGGCACGCUCUCCUGAUUUAUUUUAUACUGUUCACUACUUGGAAGGAUGGAAACCAAGAAAAUCUAUUCAUCAUUCCUGA